AUUGUCAAAUUAAAGCUACAGAUGCUUGUAAAAAAUAAAAAUACCCAUUCAUAACAAAAACAUCAGGCUCUAUAAGAGGAUGUUGGUGCAACUGUUUUAAAUCUCUAUGGUGACAUUUCAAGUACAGCUUGCUUCUUUGGCCUCUCCUCAUGAACGAGCCUAUUUGCUGUCAUUGUGCGUGCACGAGCUACCCUUGUUUGUUUGUGUAGCGAGAUAUUGAAAAUGGCGGAGAGGAGAGACCAACGCGACAUAAAGAAUCAAAUAUUAGUAAACCGUGAAUGACAAUUUCAAAAAGACAAAUUGGAUUUCGGAAUAACUUUAUUUUUGAAGGAGAGACGGAGUAAUGUAUAGCUGAAGACAGCGAACUGAUUUUGAAACUGGCUUUGAAUUAGCUAACAUUGCUAAUCUCGCUAGUUUCAAUUAGUGUGAUUUUUACUCGCCGUAGGCUUGUUUGUCAAUUAGCUGACGUUAGCCUACAACCAUGUUUCCCCUGGCUUGUGUCAAACUACAGCGCCAGAACACAUUAUCCAUAGCGUGUGGAAGAGAUUGAUUCAUGGAGCGGCAGAACAGAACACCAAGACACCCAAACUAGCUGGUUGGCUAAUUUAUGGGCUUUACUGUAAAAUAUUUACAUCGGAAUUAGCAUGUUAUGCAUGGCAAUUGCGCAUCUAACUUGAAACAACUCCAAUAGAUUGCAUUGAGAUCGAAUAAAUACAGAAGAUAAUCACCAAUCAACGUAUACGGGGACUGAGAAACAGGAGGUCCUGCUCGCUCCCCCCUCCCCCAGUGGGAUGGUGCUGCAUGACGGGGAGGCCUUGGCGCCGUAGCCCCCUCUCCUGGAUCCUGCCAGCCAGCCCGCCCCACCACCACCCCCCUCAAAACAGAGGACCACCACCACAGCAGCCCACCCCAUGAGUCACCUUCUGGAGCCCUAGAUCAACUCAGAAUGAGUGCUGUAGGGGAAAGGGCCCUGGACCCUGCCACGCCAGAGUCCCGCAAGAGGAAGGGCUCACCAUGCGACACCUCAGAGCAGAGUGUGGAGAAGCGGCGGAGGGAGCUGGAGUGUCGUUACAUAGACGAGCUGGCCGAGCUACUGUCUGCCAACAUGGGCGACAUCGCCAGCCUCAACGUCAAGCCAGACAAGUGUCACAUCCUCAAGAGCACUGUGGACCAGAUCCAGCAGAUCAAACGCCGCGAGCAGGAGAAAGCAGCUCUGAUGUCACCGGAAGACGAGGUGCAGAAGAGUGACAUCUCGUCCAGUAGUCAGGGCAUGGUGGAGAAGGAGGCUCUGGGGCCACUGCUGCUUGAGGCUCUGGACGGCUUCUUCUUUGUGGUGAACCGCGAGGGUGGGAUCGUGUUUGUGUCGGAGAAUGUGACGGGUUACCUAGGCUACACCCAGGAAGAGCUGAUGAACUCCAGUGUCUACAGCAUCCUCCAUGUGGGAGACCACGGCGAGUUUGUCCGCAACUUGCUGCCCAAGAGCCUCGUAAACGGGGUGCCGUGGCCCCAGGAGCAGAGUCGGAGGAACAGUCACACGUUUAACUGCCGGAUGCUAAAGAGGCCUCCUGAUGAGGUGGACUCGGAGAACCAGGAGGCACGACAGCAGUACGACAUCAUGCAGUGUUUCACUGUCUCCCAGCCCAAAGCCAUGCAGGAGGAGGGAGAUGACCUGCAGAGCUGCCUGAUCUGCAUAGCCUGCCCGAUGCCCCACCCCCAGCAGCUCCCCACCAUCAGCACUGAGUCCUUCAUCACCAAACAGGACCCCACAGGAAAGAUCAUCUCCAUAGAGACCAGUGCUCUGCGGGCGACAGGGCGACCGGGCUGGGAGGAUCUUGUCAGGAAGUGCAUCUACGCCUUCUUCCAGCCACAGGGCAAAGAACCCUCCCACGCCAAGAAGCUGCUCCACGAGGUGAUGACCCAUGGCACGGCCAUCAGUCCUCUUUACCGGUUCAACCUGAGCGAUGGGACCCCCCUCAGCGCUCAGACACGCUGCAAGUUCUGCUGCCCCCCCAACCACGACGUUCAGCCCUUCAUCAUGGGCAUUCACACUAUUGACAGGGAACACAACACUGCUAGCUCUCAGGAAAACACUAACUCCAGCCUUCUACUGACCCAUAGGAGCCCUGCUCCCUCCCAGCCCUCCCACUCCCCUGACCUCCCCCCGGGCAGCGAGGCCAGCCAAGCCCCAGGCCCCACCUCGAGCCUCCAUCUCAACAACGGCAACAGCUCCGGCACCACCGCCCCCACCACACCCACCAGCCAUUCAGCAGGGUACCUGACGUCCAACCGGAUGUAUCCUCAGCAGGUCAACAGCCCCUCGCCCCUGGGCAGGCCCCCCAGGGGCAGUCCGGGGCUGGGCGGCAGCCCGCGUGUCCCAGGGAACCCCUUUUCCCCUUCCACCUCUGGCCUGCACUCUCCGGCAGGGUCCCUGGGAGGUGGAGGUGGUGGCGGGGGUGGUGGAAUCCUCAGCAGGCAGCACUCUGGUGGGGACAGUGGAGCAAGGACCCCUCUGGGUUUCUCCCUGCCCUCCCCUUUACCUCAGAGGCAGGCCAGCACCCCCACCAGCUCACCAGCGUGCCCUCCCCCCGCCAAGCCCCCCGAGGGAGGAGGAGGAGGUGGGGGAGUAGAUGACCUGGCUAAAGGAAAACUAGGGUGGAACGCCAAACUCAACCAGCUCCUGGACAACGGUGGAGUGGGGCCGCCUAGGGACCCCAAAAACACUUCUCCCCACCCUAACACCCACCCCACCAAACCCACCUCCACCCCUCAGUGCCCGGCCUCACACAGCACGCUGACGGAGCGCCACAAGAUCCUCCACCGCCUCCUGCAGGACAGCAGCCCGGCCGAGGGCGGCAACAGCAAGGAGUCUGAGAUCAAGAAGGAGCCCCCUACCAGCCCUGCCACCGCCAACCCCAACGGACCCUCCACCACCCCUCAGGACCACCAGCUGCUGCGCUUCCUCCUGGACACGGAUGAGAAGGACCUGGGAGACCUGCCCCCUCCGGCCGCUCUCAGUCUGCAGACGGUCAGGGUCAAGACUGAGAAGAGGGCCAGCGGGGACACUACGCCCUGCGCUGCAGCCUGCCCCAAACCCAGCCCCAAACCCAGCCCUGCAGACAGCAGACCGUCCAGAGACCCGUUCCUCAGUGGACCUGCUGACCUGGACCCUCUCAGCCAGCUGCUGCCCACCCUCAGGGGCCCCGCAGGGGCCAAGCAGGGCAGCGAGGAGCAGGGUGGUCCCCAAACCCAGGCCCUGUCGUCCCAUAGCCAAACCCAACCUCAACAACGGCUCCACAGCCCCAGACUCCAAUCACCUCUUCAACCCAAACCUCAGAACCAUUUCCAGCUCCAAUCCCCUACUCAGCUCCAGCUCCAGGCCCAGAACCAGCUUCAGUCCCCUACCCAGCUUCAGUCCCCUACCCAGCUUCAGUCCCCUACCCAGCUUCAGUCCCCUACACAGCUUCAGUCCCCUACCCAACUCCAGCCCGGUGAGGCCAACAUUCCCAGGGCCGUGACUGUGAAGAGGGAGCCUCCCGGAACACCAAGCCGAGGGCUCACUGAUGGCUCCAGCCUGCAGAACCAGUCACACUUUGACUUCUUCAGCCCCAGCCAGAGACCGGGACAAGCGGAGCUCUUCCAGACAGCCAAAGACAGCAGCAGCCCCUUUACAGAGUCUGGACUCAUGAACUCAUUCAACUCCAACACCGUGAUGUCUAAGAUGGAGACAGACUCUCAGCAGUUCCAGACCCUGGCCCUGACUGAGACUGUGUCCUUUGAUGGAGGCAUGGGAAACACUGUGCAAGCCCUUCUGGCCUCCCCUCAGGAGCAGUGUGUCCCGUGCCCGCUGGAUGAGCUGCUGUGUCCCCCCACCACCUCCGAGGGGCGUAACGACGAGAAGGCCCUCCUGGACCAGCUGGUGUCCUUCCUGAGUGGCACAGACGAGAGCGAGCUGGCAGAGCUGGACAGAGCCCUUGGGAUCGACAAGCUGGUGCAGGGCGGCUGCUUCGACCCCAUCCCUCAACGGUUCCCCUCCCAGCCCCCUGCAACCACCCCCAUCUCCAUGGACCCCAAGCUGCCCAGCUACCGCUCUCAUUCAGCACCGGCCCCCCUGCCCAGUUCCCUCCAGAGAUACCAGGGGUGCAGAGUAUGGGGGGCCUUCGCUGGGGGCAUGAUACUGAGGCCUGGCAUGGGCAGAGCGCCUGGCAUGGCCAACCAGCUCCGGCUGCCACCCAACCAGCUGAGGUUACAGCUGCAACAGAGGCUGCAGGGCCCACAGCAGCUGCAGAACAGGCUGGCUGCCAUGAGCCAGUUCCCAGGGGAAGCUCACGUUGCCAUGGGGAUGCGUCAGGGCGUGCAGCAGCCUCAGAUGCCAUCUCAGCCACCUCUAAACGCCCAGAUGCUGGCCCAGAGGCAGCGGGAGCUCUAUAGCUUCCAGCACCGCCAGAGGCAGCUCCUGCAGCAGAAGGUCAUGUUGAUGAGGCAGGGCAUGGGGGGCGGGGGGCCUAUGGGGGCCACCAGGGGACAAAAAGGACCCCAGCCACAGCAACAACAGUUUGGCUACCCUCCAAGCUACAGCCCCAUGCCAGGGAACCCACCCAGCUCCCCCAGCCUCUUCAACCCCAUGGGAGGGACCCAGGAUCCUAAGCUGUCGGGCCAGGGCCCUAUGGGCAGCCAGGCAACUAUGAUGGGGGGGAUGCAGGGACAGUUUGGGGGGGCGGUGAACUCGGCGGUGCAGCUUGUGCUCUUCCAGCAGUUUGGAGGACCGGGUAUGGUCCAGCAAGGAGACCCCUCAUUCCCUCCAGAGCUCAGCCCCACCAGUCCCCUGCUGUCCCCUCAGAACUCCACCUCCCAGAGUCCUCUGCUCCAGCAGACCCAGCCUCCUCCUGGGUACCAAACACCUGACAUGAAGAGUUGGCAGCAAGCUGGCAUGGGCAGCAACAGCUUGUUCAGCCAGUCUGGUCAGACGACGCCCCAGGCCUUUGGACAACAGGGGGUCUACAACAACAUGAGUAUCACCGUGUCAAUGGCAGGAGGCUCAGGGGGGGUGGGCUCGCUACCUUCCAUAGGACCACCUGUUGGCAUGGGCAACAGUAACCUUGGCGACAUCAACUCCAUGUGUAACGAUCAGGUACAGCAGGUUCAAGUGUUUGCCGACGUCCAGUGUACGGUGAACCUGGUGGGCAGCGACUCCUACCUGAACCAGUCGGGGUCCAUAGGCCCCCAGAAAGGCCCCCAGGGGCCUCAGAGCAGUCAGUCCCAGCAGAAGAGCCUCCUCCAGCAGCUCCUCACAGAGUGACUUCUGAGCUCAGUCGCCUGCCAGGAGAAAGGUGCUCCACAGACCACCAACCUCUUCUCUUUCUCACCUUUGGUUUUAGACACCUACCUGCCGGACUGGGAAGGAGACUGAGGUCCAGGUUAGAGUGUGUCUGUCUACCUGCCUGCCAGCCUCAGCUCGUACCGUAAGGCAGCAGCGAUCGUUCAGCACUCAUUCCUGGUUACCUACUUUCAACACAAAGUCUGCUUUCUGUUCUGAGAAAGGAAUCAGGUUCCGGUUUUGGCCAUGUCGUCGUGGUUGUCAAAAGAGGACCUGGUUCCUAAUUGUCUGUUCCGUCAGGCCAUCGCAGCAGUGCGUCUUGGGAGCACGAUCAGCAUGCAGCUGAGCUCAGCUUUGGGUGGUUAACCCGUCGUCUCAACUUUUGCUCUCGCGCGGGGAGGACAAUGUUUUGGGAAUGUUAGGUUUUUAACCUCUGCAAUGGGAAGCUCAGUUUCAGCUGGAUCUGUGACUGACUGGCUCUCUCCACUGCAGUGCCUGAUGGGAGGAAAUUCCCAGCUCUCGUUUUAUGUUUUUGUUUCUCUGUUCUCGUCGUCUGCGCCGUCAGGACAACAAGCAGCACGGCCAGGAUGGGAGAUUGCGCUGCUCUGCUCAGUUGGCAACACAGUCUUUCACGUUUUCAAACGACCAGACUGUUAAACUAACUGUCUGUCUUACACAUUUUUCUCCCCAGCAGCUGUGAAUAUGAGCCAUGUUGGGCUCUCCUUGGCCUAUCAGUGUUGUUUGCCAUGUGUAACCGUGCAGGUGGGUAGUAUUGUACAGCACAGAUGGACAAAAAUUGGGAUGAGUUCACACUUUCUACUUUCCUUUCAAAAGCGUAAUUGAAUUACUCUAAAAUGCAACAGUCGUUUUUAGCUCAAACUAUACAUUGUGAUUCAAUGCAGUUACUUUUUCUUUUUUUAAAUUUGAGAGUAAUAUGUCAGUUAUUAUAAUUUUUAAGGCGAUGUUUGGCAUUAUGAAAAAGUAACUCUGCUAAAUGUGCUCUGUGUUCUGUAAUGUGAAAAAACAAAAACUCGGUAUAAGAAUUUGAUUGAUUUUAGAAAUUGCUAGCUCUACUCUUGGCAUCCCAUUGAAUGUUUUAAUCCCCUUAAAUUAACCUAAAAACAAACAAUAAUGGGUUAUCAAUAUUACACAAUGACAUGAAUAGGUUGUAACUCAUAACCGUAUAAUUUCCUCACUAAGAAGUGAUGGAAGUUGAAUGGGGUGUUGUCUUGGAAACACAGUGCUCUCUCUCCUCCAACUCUGCCCGUGAUGAUGUCACUCCACUGGCCGCACACUACAGCUCUUUUUGACUGCUCAUGUGACUACUGUUGCCCAGUCAGACACUGUCUAUCAGCGCUAACCUCUGAUAUUUUACUAUACACAUUCAUUCACAUAGAAAGUCCGGCCAAACACCAUGUUUGAUGUGGGUAAACAAUAACCUAUUAACAAGCAAUAAACUCUAAAUGAAGAGAAAGCAACAACAAAAAGAGUAAAGUUCGGCGACGUUGUAAUGAUAAUGAAAAAUCAAGUCUAAUUUGGCUUUUGGCUUCUCUGCUCUAUCCCAAGUAUGUGUAUUUCUGACUAAGAGAAGGCUUUCUAAAGGAUAUUAUGGUCCAACUAGAUAUCUCACUGUGUAUAUACAAGGUAUUUCACAAAGUGUGCAACAUUACCCAAGCACAGCUAAUAACCGAGGAGGGUUAGGGAUGAUCAGUUGAAAUAGCAUGCAUGAUCACCAUCCUCUUUCUGAGACCUCAAACUGAACGUCAACUCCUAUAAUGUUCUAUGAUUUGUGAAUCACAUUGUGUACAGUUUCAAUGGCGUCUGUGUGCCUGUGCUUUAUACCCAAACAGUGGCUCAGGUGUCCUCGCCAUACAACUCAAAUUCAACCUGGAAAUGGCAUCAUUUUGUGUUAUGUUGAUUCAAGUUGACAUGAAAAGCUGGUAGCAGUUCCAAUUCGGAGACAGAAAAUAAAUCAUUUGUGAAACAGAUAAACCUUGAUUUGAAAUAACAAUUGUUCUUGUAUAUUCUAAGACACUUAAAAUGUUGCUUUUAGCCUUUUGCAUUUAAUUCAAAACAAUCUAUGUACGAUUAAUAGAGCUAUUUAAGUUUAUUUUUCUUCUGAUAAUGUAAUUGUUUUUAUUUUCUAUUUGAAAGGGACGUGGAUUAACAAUUAGUACUUAUCAAUGUUAAAGUCAUUCCUGAGCCACUGUUUGGUUUAUGUAAAUAAACAUACACUUUACAAAACACACAGAAGCAAGACAAAAUUAAAAGAAUGUAUGUGGAAGGAUUACAUUUGUUUUCAGUAUACAUUUGUACUAUAUAGGGUACCAGCUAACGGUUUCACACUCCCAGAAGUGUUAUAAACUUUUCAUGAAUAUCUUCUUCACGCACUCUCCAGACUUCGCUCCUCAUUUAGGAACAGGCAUUACUGUAUAGAUAGUGUUAAUAGAACUACAUCAAAUGCAGAAGUUAAUCUGAUCUGUUAAUAUUAACUGUUUAUCAUUUGGGAUAUAAUGUGCCAAAUACAAAUCACCAUUAGACAACGGUCAUUAACAAACAGACAUUCUUAUAUGCAAGAGCCGCUCAAUGGCAAAGACAGUCCAUUCAGUACAGGUACAAGGUAAAUAUUUGAACUGGUUCUUCAACAUGUUAACAUGUAUAUAACAGACAAUGUGAAUAUGUAUUUGUUCAGAAUCGACAACAUGUAGUGCUCCAAGUUUGUGGUAUUAACUACUCACUUCCAUUUUAUUUUUUUAUUUUUCAUUUUUACGUAUAUGACUGUCUGAGAGUAUGUAUGUGAUUAAUACUGUAUAUCUGGUGUUUAAGAUGGAAACUGAAUAUGUCCUGAUUUGAUUUCUUCUUCUUUUUAGAUCCCUGCAGGUUUUCCUGUGGGUGUUGUUCAGAUUGCUCUUUAUGUGAGAGAAUGGUUUAGCGACUGCUGAAUGUGAUUUUACUGAGAGAGAAGCAGUGUGGACUGGCUUUUGUACGGGUUAAUUUAAAAAAGGCCAUAUUAUUUAAUUUCUCUGUUGUCAAAAAGUUUAAACAGAUCUGAGAAAGUGGAACCUUGUAUUCUGAGAAGCAUUGCUUCGGUAGUUAAGUGGGCUUUUGUAGAUCGCCUGAUGUAGUUUUGCAUUUUCAAAAAGUAAUGACCAAAGCUUCAAGAUGUUUAAUUCAUAUCAUAUGCAAGGCUCAUGCAAUUGGAUGAGACAAAAUGUAGCGUUUGUUCACUUUUCUAAAAGGAAAUAGUCUAUACAUAGUAGCUACUCCUUGACCACACUACUAAUUUGUGGUAGUUUGUGCUUUGCAUGUUUGCCUUUUAUUUCCUUUUCCACACAAUUUGUCCUAAGAUACUGACAAGUGACCUAUCAGAUUUAGUAUUUGUAUCUAACUUCUAUUCUUUGGAAUAUCCCAAAGUAUGAUCAGUUAGAAACUUCCUCUCCUUGUUGCCGUUGACUCCUGGCAAAGAUGCAAAAAGGCUUGUAGGACCUGACGUGCUGUCACUGUUUACAGGAAGAGAGAACGUUGCAACAGCUAGCUAUGCACCUUAACAAAAAGCUUUUUUUAAACACUGAUUUAGGUAUUCAAAGCCACACUAGAAUUUGAAUCAAUUAUUUAAAUCGAGGUAUUUUAGUUUAUUGAAGAGAAGAUAAAAACAACCUAGUGAAACUUCUUUGUUUUGUUUUUUUACUCAAACUAGUAUUGACGAUAGUUGUCUGAACUUGUGGGUCUGUUCUAUCAACUGAAUAUUCUAUCAAAUAUUUCAAUUUAUUUAGCUGAAUACUUUAUACCAAAUUUCAGGUGCCUCUUUUAUAUAUUUUCUGCAUAGGCUGCUCCUCGCUGUUUGAUGAUAAUGUUACUGAGGAUUUUCUUAUCUUUACCUUUAUAAAACAAGUUUGCUGCAUUUUACAUGACUUUUGUAUAAAAAAUCUAAAUAUUCCAGGAAUUUGCAAGAAAUACAAUCUACUUUUGCACUUUAUCUCAGAAUUAUUCAGAGGAAACAGGCCAUCCUGAAUACUACUCAUGUUCAAAUCAGAUUACUAUUUAAUAAGGAUGUUGCUGGCACCUUAAUUGGGAGGACGGGCUCGUGGUAAUGACCGAGGCGGAAUAGGUGUAAAGGUAUCAAAUACAUCAAACGUGAUUUCCAUGUGUUUGAUGCCAUUCCAUUUGCGCCGUUCCAGACAUUAUUAUGAGCCGUCCUCCCCUCAGCAGUCUCCUGUGCCCUAAAUGUAAUAGAAAGUAAAAUAUUGAUUUCUCAGGUUCUUAAGAACUUGGUAGCAUAGCCCAUCAAUAUGAUGACAAAAGAGAAGUGUACAUUCUCUACUACAACUCUGUAGUUUCACAUUAUGAUCGUUCUCUCUGCCACAGAUCCUCAAUCUAAAUGAUGCCUUCUUCAGGUGAUCCACUGCCCCUCUCCCCUCGGCCAUUAGAUAACUAGCGCGCUUACACUCAUACGUCCUGUCCUGCAGCAGCUUUAACUGUUCAAAACAUUCCUCUUCAUCUCUGCUCUUAGCUACCUGCAAUCAUUGUGCUCUGAUCUAUACCGUAGCAUUUUACAUUUUAGUAAUUUAGCAGAUGCUCUUAUCCAGAGCGACUUACAGUAGUGUACUGGUCCCCUGUGGGAAUCGAACCCACAAACCUGGCGUUGCAAGCGCCAUGCUCUACCAACUGAGCCGCAUGGGACCAGCAUAGGUUCUAUUCAAUAUAUUUCUAGGCUUAGUAAUUCCUACCAAGCCGUAACAGCCCUACAUACGUGUACUGUAAUCCCAUGCGUCUGUCAUUUUGUCACCACCUUGGAACAUACUGCCUAAUGCAGAAGCAACUAACAUCCUUCUUAAGAUUACCGCACUCUACCUUCUACAGGUAUUACCUAUCAACUGUUCGAGUAUUGGAGCAACUGUUUGCUGAUGAUGUUUGUCAAGUAUUGUAAGUGCUGCAUUAUCGAGAAUGAAGUUGGAGAAGUCAAAAGAUUGUGUCUCGCCACUUAUAAGGCCAAUGCUCUCUCAUUGAAAUGAGGUUCCACUUUUUCCCCUGUAAAAUUAAUAUAAAUAAAUAUAUAUUAUACAUUUUACUAAUUUUGUCCAGUUUUGUUUAUACUUGUGUAAACUUGUUUUUAGAGAGGCAUCGGAGCAUCUGUGUGGGUGGGACAAUAUGAAUGAAGUAUCUGGGAGAAUUAUGCAUGUUUUUAUUUCUGUGUCCCAGUGGAAUACCUGGGAUAAAUCCUACCUUUUCUUAGGACGUCAUAGACAAUCAGUCUCAGGCUGGGUCCAGUACCUACAGGGGGUCCCUGUAGACUGAAAAGCAAACUGUUUUUGCAUAUACUGAAACAGUCUUAUUUGUCUGUCAAUUUUUUGGAGGUAUGUGGCUGGUCAGACUAGGAUUAGUUCAAAGUUUACACACACACAACACACACACCUCGUGCGAACGUUCCCUCUAUUGCUUUUCCAAGGUGAAGAUGCUGACCUUGAAGGAAAUGAUGCUUUGACUAACAAAUCUAUAACAUCCAUGAAUGUGAGAAUGCAACACAUUUGCAAUAAAAGCACCAUUUAAAACAGGA